UGGCUCUCAGUGUCCAGUGUGGCCGUUUUUUUGUUUUCGUUGACACUUGAAAAUGUCAGGUUGGUGUCAGUUUUCGAAAAGAGUUUCACUCGCAGUUUACUGACGUUGCAAGUUACGAUUUUCAUUGUUAAAACUGAAACAAUGAAGCAGUAAAUGUUGACUGGUUACAAUCGUAGUUGCGACAUGGCAUCCCGCAGAUGGUUUCAUCCCAAUAUAUCAGGUUUGGAAGCGGAAAAAUUGUUGAUGGGACGUGGAUAUGACUGCUCUUUCUUAGCAAGGCCCAGUUCAUCUAAUCCUGCAAACUUCACACUGUCAGUGAGAGCGGCAUGAUUUUUAGACGAAAUGGGGAAGUGACCCAUAUCAAAAUUCAGAAUACAGGAGAUUUUUACGAUCUUUAUGGUGGAGAAAAGUUUGCAACAUUGUCCGAGCUUGUCCAGUACUAUAUGGAAAAUGGUGGACAAUUACGCGAGAAAAAUGGAGAAGUGAUUGAACUGCGAUAUCCUCUAAACUGCGCAGAUCCAACUACUGAGAGGUGGUUUCACGGACACCUGUCGGGAAAAGAAGCAGAACGAUUGAUGGUAGAACGUGGAAAAAACGGUUCAUUUCUUGUGCGAGAAUCUCAAAGCAAGCCGGGUGAUUUUGUUUUGUCCGUGCGCACCGACGAUCGCGUAACUCACGUCAUGAUACGUUCACAGGACAAUGGAUUUGACGUAGGCGGCGGUGAUAAAUUUGACAGUUUAAGCGAUCUUAUAGAACAUUAUAAACGCAAUCCAAUGGUAGAAACAAGUGGAACUGUUGUUCACCUACGGCAACCAUUCAAUGCAACUCGUAUUAAUGCAAGCGGAAUUGAGAGCAGAGUACGACAGUUGCAUAAAGAGAACGGGUGGUACAAUGCUUCUGGGGGUUGCACUAAUGGAACAGGAAAUGGCGCGGGGGGUUCUGUCAAAGGAAAAGCUGGCUUUUGGGAAGAAUUUGAGUCGUUGCAGCAACUUGAAUGUGGUCAUUUAUUCUCUCGAAAGGAAGGUCAACGUCCAGAGAACCGAGCAAAAAAUCGCUACAAGAAUAUAUUACCUUUUGAUCACACAAGAGUACGCUUAAAAGAUGUGGAUCCUAAUACUCCAGGGGCUGACUACAUCAAUGCCAACUAUAUACGAACUGAAGAAGGUGAUAAUGCUGCAUCCACUGGUGCUGGAGUGGGUGAUGCUGGAUCAUCAACCAAAUGUUAUAUAGCUACUCAAGGGUGCCUUCCUAAUACUAUUCAAGAUUUCUGGCACAUGGUAUACCAAGAAAAUACUCGUGUUAUUGUGAUGACAACAAAGGAAAUGGAGAGGGGAAAGAACAAGUGUGCUCGCUAUUGGCCAGAGGAAGGUGAGCAAGCUGAAUAUGGAGAAUGGAGAGUGCGCACUUUUGGUCAUAUAUCAACAGCGGAUUAUACUCUUCGCGAGUUUCUCCUAAGUGGAGUCAAACCGCAGCAUUCUGAACCCAGAAAAAUUUACCAUUACCACUUUCAAGCGUGGCCGGAUCAUGGAGUCCCUUCGGACCCUGGCUGCGUCUUGAACUUUCUCCACGACGUGAAUGCCAGACAAAUUGCUGCGGCUGCUGUGCCUAGUAGCAAUAAUAUUGGUGCUCCUGGAAUCGGACCCAUUCUUGUACACUGCAGUGCUGGUAUCGGACGCACAGGCACUUUUAUUGUCAUCGACAUGAUCUUAGAUCAAAUCAAACGACAUGGACUGGAAUGUGAAAUCGACAUCCAACGUACAAUUCAAAAGGUGCGAAGCCAACGCUCAGGAAUGGUUCAGACCGAAGCUCAGUACAAGUUUGUGUAUCUAGCUGUUCUACACUACAUUGAAACAGUUUCACAACGCAUGUUGGCACAGCAGAAAGCAUCACAGUUGGGUCGUGAGUACACAAACAUCCGAUAUUCCGAUGAAACCAAUGUUGCAGUAAGUAGUGGAUCAGGAGAUGCCUCAUCUCCUACGCCAACUCUUGUUGCUUUCCCAACCCCGACGAAUAUCACACUUUCCACUACAGUCGGUUCGCUUAGGCCAAAGUAACUCGGCAUGUUAUUGGAUCAGCCGCGAAUGAACACUUUACAGACUGAGAGAAGAAAUUACUUACUACUUUCUUUCAAGUGAUAUUGAUAUGCUCUUUUUCUCUGGUAACACGUAAUAUCGAGAUAAUUGCUUAUGAUCUUGAGUGUGUGCACAAAGAGCAGACUCACUUAUUCCUUUUACAAUUUUCAAUUGGCGAAAUGAGAGAAAGGGAAUGAAGGUUAACUUGCUUACAGAGACGAUAUACGUUGUUUAUCUGUCGUAACUAAUUGCCCGUACAUGAAAUUAUGCUAUGUUGGGAAAAGUCAACGUUCUCUGUCCAUUUAUAUUUAUAAUAUGAAAUAAAGACCCUAUGGCAACUA